CUUACAGGCUUCGCAUGUGAAGCCUACGUGGUUAUAGUGUUAGUUAUACUGAAAUAGUUUCUUUGCAAAGAAAUACAGAGACCGGACAUGAACUUUCAUGCUGCUGUCGGUGAACGUCAUCAUUAUCCUAUAGCGCGUUAGUCCACCUCGUACAUCGAUGUGAACCACCCGGCCUGUUUUGCGGCAGAAGAAUAACAGGUUGAAGUCUCGGCUUCCUUCACGGGGCAGAGUUGGGUCGACCUCGUAAAUCACAGUCUUAACGCCACCCUCAUUUGGGAUGGGCGGGUUCGGCAGAGCAGCAGCGACCUGACAGAGCCCUCCUCACACGGGACAGAGCCAGCCCUAAGACGGGACAGCCUCAGCCCUCCCCAGACGGGACAGCCUCAGCCCACCUCAGACGGGACAGAGCCAGCCCUCCCCAGACGGGACAGCCUCAGCCAUCCUCAGACGGGACAGAGCUCUCCUCAGACGGGACAGAGCCAGCCCCCCCUAGUCGGGACUAGGGUUGAGCACCGAAACUUGGUUCCAGUAGGGCACCGGUUCCGACGUAAACGGUUGCAGCGAGAUCGAAUAAGAACGCACAUUUCGGUUCCUCAGACUCGGGACAGAGCCAGCCCUCAUACGGGUCAGAGCCCUCCCCAGGCGGGACAGAGCCAGCCCUCCCCAGCAGACCUCCGCCCGGACCCGCCAUGCAGGGAGUUUAACUCGGCCUCGGAUUUUACUCUGCUGACCUGAGAGACAUGGCUCCGUUUGGAAAAGGUUUCCUCAAAGCGCGCCUCAAAAACAACAGGACAAAGGAGAGGGAGGCCACCGCCGCGGGGAAGGAGAUUCAGAUUACCGUGUGCGGCCAGGAGAAAGUGGUCUGCGGCGUCACCAAGCACACCACAUGCGCAGACAUGGUGCAGGCCCUGCUGGAGGACCACAGGGGGGCCCCUGAGGGCCAACAGGGCUCCCCUGAGGGCCAGAGGGCCCCCCCCAGGGGGCUCCAGGGCGAGACCCAGGACUUCUGCCUGGUGGAGCGCUGGAAGGGCCUGGAGCGCGCCCUGCCGCCCCUCACGCGCAUCCUGCGGCUGUGGAGCGCCUGGGGGGACCAGAAGCCCCUCAUCCACUUCCACCUGGUCCGGGUCAGCGACUUCGUGGCUCGGAGCAGCCGGAAGGGCCCGCCCGAGGGGCCCCGGCCCCCGGGGGCCCGGCCCAAGAGGGCGGAGCGGGGUGGGGGCCCCCAGCCGCUGGGCGAGGAGCGGCAGAAGCGCAUGGUGAAGAAGGCUUUCCGCAAGCUGGAGAAGCUUCACAGGACCCCCCCCGCAGCCCCCCCUGGGGCGGCGGAGGUGGACCGCAUGGUCCAGCUCAUCCUGGCCCAGGACCACACGCUCCGGGAGCAGGACCGGCAGCUCAGGGACCUGGACCUGGACCUGCGGCGGACCGAGCUGUGCUCGCGGGGCGCAGGGGCCCCGGGGGCCCCGGAGGCCCCGGAGGCGGGGGUCCCUCAGACCCCGGAGGAGGAGGAGGAGCUCCAGCGGUACCUGCGCUGCGCUGAGGACGGGCUGGACCAGCUGGGGCUGCAGGUCCGGAGGCACCAGGACCUCAUCCUGCAGCUGUCCCGGGACAUCGACCUGGAGCUGGCCGCCGCCGCCGGGGGCCCGGCGGUGUGGCCCCCGGGCCCCCAGGAGGAAGUGACGGCGGCGGCAGAGGCGGCGGGCCCCGGGGUCUCGGAGGCUGAGGCGGAGGCGGACGCGGCGUUCUACGCGGCGGAGCUGGAGGCGGUGCGGGGCGAGCUGCAGCGCAGCCUGCUGGAGGGCGUGGCCCUGCACCGCGAGGGCUCCCAGCUGGACCACGCCCUCCGGCUGCACCAGGACGCCGCCGCCACCCGGGACCAGGAGGCCUGGCAGCUGGCGGCCCAGCUCGGCUCCCUGCAGCUGGGGAGCGGGGGGGAGGAGGCCGGAGGGCCUGGCCCCGACCCGGGGGCGGGACCCGGUCCGGGACCCGCUCAGAGCUCUGUGCGCUGCUCCGUUGCCCCGGCGACCGUGAGGCUGAAACACGGCGGGGGUCCGACGGACAUCACGGACACAGACUCGGACACAGGGAUAAGCUCCACCCACAGCCAGGAUUCGCUCUCCCCCGGCCUGGAGGCCCUGCCCCCCGUCGACACCGACGUCUGAACUGGCCAAUCAGACGGCCAGACAUUCUCACUGACGUUCCUGAGAGCUGGAAUCUCUACAUUCUGUCAGGUUGGGGCCAGCUAGUUAGGUGCCAAAUAGUUAAGGGCCCGAUAGUUAGGGGCUAGAUAGUUAGGGCCAGAUAGUUAGGGGCCGGAUAGCUGGUUAGUUGUUAGUUCGCAGAGUGUGUGUUUGUGUGUCUGACUCCCAGCCCAAAGCUUCUGGUUUAAACCCAUCCUUACAUGACCUGCUCCUCAAAGACACAGACCCUCGUACUGCAGGUGGCUUUGGGACGCCAGCUAAAUGUUAAAGGCUAAAGGCUAAAGGCUAGCUGGUAGCAGCUAGUAUCACAGUCGCCCCUCAGAGUCUGAGAGCCGUACUGCUGGUGUGUUGGACUUCUCUCAACAUCUGGAUUUAUGUCCUUUGUAACAUAAAGCUGUUGUGAUGGAUCAAUGUUUUACGUUAAAACAAAGAAAUUCGUAGAAUUGAGCGAUGUCUUACAUUUAUUUUGCUACGCCGAACCACAACAAUGUACAUAAGCUGUAUUAUAACUAAAUAUGAACUUUUUCAAAAAGUACAGUUUUAGGACGUUUUUUUAAAAGCACCUGGAAUAAAGCAAUAUAUUUAUUUUUUUAGCGAUUGUAGAACAAAUUUGAUUUUACAGAUAUGUUUAGAUAAAAAGACAUUGUAUGUUAUCAUUGGUGAACAUUUAGAAAUGUUGAAUCUUAUUUUCUCUUUAUUGACUAGCCUUUUGGUUCCUGUGUGUGUAACACCUCGACAAUUUUAAGGUCUCAGAAAGCUAAAAAAGUAAAUUAUGCCUAAGCAAAAAUAAAAUCUAUUUCUAUUCAUGA